AUGGUAUCAGACAGUCACAAGGAGUCUUGCGGCGAGGACAAGCAGCUGGAGGGCAAGGGCGAGCGCGCGCACCAUGCGCUGGGGGCGCGCCUGCACCUCGCACACAUACGCAACGAACACCUGCAAGCGCACGGGGGCCACGGGGGGCACAUGGCGACGGUGCCGGUCAGUAUGCCGUCCGCCGCCUCCGACAGCGACAAGCCCACCAAGCAGAAGAGGCAUCGGACGAGGUUCACACCGGCACAACUGAACGAGCUGGAGCGCUGCUUCUCCAAGACUCACUACCCUGACAUCUUCAUGAGAGAGGAGAUCGCCAUGCGCAUCGGACUGACGGAGAGUCGGGUGCAGUCCCUUGUUGAAAUCGUGGGCUUCUACGACUGCGACAUUGCCAAAGAGAAUGAGAAAUCCAUACAGCUGUUCCAGCAAAGAGAGACGACAAUAAAGACUACUACUGAGGAAGACGAGACGGGCAGCCUGUGUCGUGAGCUGCUCCGCAAGAUGUCGCCCGCCGCACUCACGCAGCUGCGGCGGCGGUUUAGGCGGGGUCGGCAGCCACACCGCAAUGUGAAUAAGUAG